AUGGCUCUACCUCGGUCAUAUAGUAUGUCCCUCCGCAGGUCGCUGCGACAGGUUUCAGCACCAAGCUGUCGCAGACCGAACAACGUUCAAGGGCCAUUCCGCAGGUACUACUCGCAGCAGCCGAAGCCCGAAAAAGAGGAAUUUACUGUUUGGCGUCCGUACCUACGAUUAGCCGUUGGGAUUCCGUUCAUUGGAGCGCUUAUUUAUUCCAUGAUGACAGGAGAAGUGACUGACCUCGACGCGCCGUCAAUUGCGGAGAUUGACAAGGUUCUGAAGGAAAAGGCCGUCAUCAGCGAAAACUCGCCGAUGCGACUGCGUAUGGAGAAAUUGGUCAAGGACCAUCAACAGAAGAUCGUGGAGGAACUCAGCCGGAUUGAUGGAAAGCAAUUCCAGCAGGACACCUGGACACGUCCUAAUGGUGGAGGAGGUAUUUCGUGCGUUCUGCAAGACGGCAAUGUUUUUGAAAAGGCCGGAGUCAAUGUCUCCAUUGUCUACGGAGAACUACCACGCCCUGCCAUUGAGAAAAUGCGAGCCGACCACAAGUCUUUCGUCGGCGCCGAUGUUGACUCGCUAGACUUUUUCGCCGCUGGCCUCUCCCUUGUUCUACACCCUCAUAAUCCGAUGGCUCCGACGGUCCACUUGAACUACCGCUACUUCGAGACCUCAGACCCGAAGGAUCCCAUGAACGGCGACAAGAACUGGUGGUUUGGAGGCGGCACUGACCUUACUCCGAGCUACCUCUUCCCCGAGGAUGCUCAGCACUUUCAUCGAACCAUCAAAGAUGCCUGCGACCGUCACGACGCAACCUACUACCCAAAGUUCAAAGAGUGGUGUGACAAGUACUUUUACAUACCACACCGCCGCGAAUCCCGCGGCGUAGGAGGUAUCUUCUUCGACGACCUCGACGCCCACUUCCUCCAAAGCUCCUCCACCUCCUCUCAAAACCCGCAGGAGACCCUCUUCUCCUUUGUCUCGGACUGCCUCGCCUCCUUCCUUCCCGCCUACACUCCGAUCGUCGAGCGCCGCAAGGACAUGCCAUUCACACCCGCGCAAAAGGAAUGGCAGCAACUCCGGCGCGGCCGCUACGUCGAGUUUAACCUGGUCUACGACCGCGGUACGAGCUUCGGAUUGAGGACCCCGAGCGCCCGGGUCGAGAGUAUCCUCAUGAGUCUGCCCCGCACUGCGUCAUGGGCGUACAUGGAUCCUGUGUCGGGUACACGGACCGACGGGCACGCCGAGGAUGAGGAGCCGGCGGUCGAGGACAAGACUGCUGAGAAGGAGAUGCUUGAUGUUCUCAAGCAUCCCCGGCAGUGGGUCUAG